AUGAAAGAUUACAGUACAGCUUUAUUUUCUAACAUCAGAGAGUUACAUGUAGUUUAUCAAACUUUAUGCAAAACAGAUGAUGGUCUUUUAGGCUAUCGAGAAAUUUCACAAAUGCUUACAGCAAUCGGAGUUAAAGCAACUGCAUCUCAAUUACAAGAUAUAAUCAACGAAGUCGUCGGUGAUGAAGCUAAAAUUGAUUUUAAUGCAUUCGUUUUACUUAUGACUCGCAGAUAUAAACAAUUAUCAUUCGAAGAUGAAAUAGAUGAAUUAUUUGAAACUAUUGAUGCAGGACAUGAUAAUUUUAUUGAUCCUCAAGAUGUAAUUGCUUUAAUGCAAUCAAAAGGUAUCACCGUAACACCAGGAGAAGCCGAAGCGUUGUUGGCAACAAUCUCAGAUUCUGCUAAAGGCAUGAAUAAGUCCGAAUUUCAGUCGUUUGUGAAAUCUCUCGGUGCAAUUGUUAUGACCGCUAAACCAGAGGAAUCAGCCCAAUGA